AUGGCGCAUCCUCCUAAUCAGAAGCACUUAUUCGAACUCUUACAAGACGACCAGGAGCCCUUCUUGCUCCAGGACUACAUUGCCGACCGCCGCUGCCAAAUCAUCCGAACCAGAGUUCAAGCCAAGCACCAGUACUGCUAUUCCUCGGCAUCUCUCCAGCAGCCGCCGGGGGCGGUCAAGAAACGGCGACCCAUUUCCCGAAACUUAGCGAGAAGCGCUUGUUUCUUGUCCUUUUCUGCUGAUUCCCCUGUUUCCGGCGACCCGCGGAAAUCGCCACUCUGUUUCCCCAAAUCCCCUGUUAUCGGUAGCCCUGCUGCUGCCGCCGUCCGCCGAUCCAAAACGGCGUCGCUUCUCCUUGAGGCCGCGCUCCGAAUCUCACAGAAGAAGCAGCAGCAGCAGCAGAGGUCGUCGGCCAAGGCGCGGAACGGGGGGAUUUUCGGAUCUCUGCUCCGGCGAAUCACGCAGGGGCGGCGGAAGGGCGGUAAAAUCGACGGCGGGGAGAGCGGCAAGGUGUCGGUGAAGGAUGUUCUGAGGUGGGAUUUCCAGGAUUCUCCCUCAGCCAAGAGCUCAAAAUCAAAGUCCAGCUCGCCGUCGUUGAGAAAUGGCCGGACCGGCCGUGGCGGUUGCGAGACGACGGCGCCGGGGAGUACUGGGCCCAACAGCGCAGUUUGGUCGGAGAGUACCAAUGCCGAUUUGGAUUUGGACGGUUGUUCCUCUGCCGGCAGAAGCAGUUGCUGCCUGUCCGACGAGGAGGAGAUGGAGUUCGUCAACGAGAUAAUGGAAUUCGCUUCCAGCGAUAACAAGCAGUUCUGCGAAAGCCCUUUCCGUUUUGUCCUUCAGACCAGCCCGUCGUCGUCCGGCUGCCGGACUCCCGACUUCUCGUCGCCGGCCGCCUCUCCAAUCCGUCUCAAAGCUGAGGGGAAUGAGAAUAACAGCGAUGGCGAAAGCUUGAAGAAACUGAAACAGCAAGCCGGUAAUGAAGAAGAAGCAGAAGAAGAGAAGGAACAAUGCAGCCCUGUCUCAGUUCUGGACCCACUCUUCGCCGACGACGAUGAAGACGACUACUGCGAUGACGAUCAAACCCAGGACGACGGUUUCGAUAUGGAGUGCAGUUUUGCGUUUGUACAGAGAGCAAAGCACCAGCUGCUACAGAAGCUCCGAAGAUUCGAGAGGCUUGCAGAGCUCGACCCCAUCGAGCUCGAGAAGCUAAUGCUCGAGCAUGAUGACGAAGAAGAAGAGGAGGAAACAGAGGAAAUAGAAGAAGGGGAAGAUGAAAAGAGCCAGUUUGUGAUAGACGAGCUUAGCAGGUCGAGCUUCCAAUGCAUCCCUCGAGACAUGAAGAGGUUGGUAUCCGACCUCAUCGACGAGGAGGAGCGAGGAUCAAUUCGUAACAACAAUGUCUCGGGUGCAAGUGAAGAUGCUGCGGCGAGAAGGGUGUGCAAGAGGUUCGAGUCGUGGAAGGACGUGGAGUCCAACACCAUAGAGAUGAUGGUGGAGCAAGAUUUCGUUCGUUCAGAAGGCGAAUGGAGAGGGAAUCGAGAUGAGGUCUCGGAUGCAGCGAUCGAGAUUGAAGUUGCCAUCUUUGGGUUGCUAGCUGAGGAACUAGCAGAGGAGUUACUGCUACUGACACAAGGUGGUGGUCCGUUGAUGGUAUGA